AGGAGCUUUUUAAUGACGAAAGCUUCAACUUCUUACCAAGUACAUCAUAGCUCUCACCCUCGAUGGCUUCGUUCUAGACAUACAGACUCUAAAUCCCUACUGCUGAUGUCAAAGCUGAUGUCCGAGCCUUUUGGCUCAUCUUACUCCCCUAAUUAAUUAUAAAAUUACUUUGCGCACCUCAUAUCAAAAUGCGCGCCACAACGGCUUGUCUGCGCAAGGGUUUCCUGGGCCGCAGUCUUGACGAAUUCAAGCGUCUCUCAAAUAUAGCAUUAAAUCUCGAAGGCAUAAAAGGACCCUCGGGUCCGCUUCCCCUCCAUGACUUCCACAAGCCCGAUUCCCUCGAGGAGUGCAAGCUGAUGUCCGACGUCGACAUCGGCGGUUUCUCUAAGGCCGCGCUAGAUUGGAUACCCCCUUCUCCCGAGGACAACCCCCACGGCUACGCGCGCUUCCACGGCAACAUAUCGACUGCCCUUCCCCCCCACAGACCCGAGGUCCAGCGAUCCGGCUACGCCGCAUGGCGGACCCUCGACAAACCCCCGACCAUAUUCGGCCGCGCGCUUUGGAACAUCGACAUGUAUACGUACCUAGGCAUGCGCAUUAAGUCCGACGGGCGGAGCUACUUCGUCAACGUGCAGACGGAGUCAAUUGUACCUACAGACUUGCACCAGCACCGGUUAUUUGCCAAGCGGCCCGGAGAGUGGGAGACGGUUAUAAUCAAGUGGAACGAUUUCGUGCGGACGAACCACGGGUUCGUGGUUGAGCCGCAGACGGAGAUUCUACGGCAGAAAGUUAAGUCGAUAGGUGUUGGCUUGACGGACCGAGUGCCGGGACCGUUCGAGUUGUGCAUUGAGAGGAUGUGGGCUACCAACGAUAUGGGCCAGGGAGGCGAGCAUGUAGAGCCGCCUAUUAGCAGAGAAGGACAACUCAAAGAUAAGCAGGGGCGGAAUAUUAACUGGGCCGAUAAAUAAUAUGCGAAUGUGUUGGAUAUCUGGAAUCUCAGAUGAACAGCUAUAUUUUAGCUAGGUGUCGCAAGUGACAACACCUUUUUAUACAGUACUGGACACGACGGUACUACUGCCGUUACAUAUGGGUUAAAACUAACGAAUACGAAUAUCGUUGAACGUAAAAAGGAUCAUGUUCAAAGAUGUAUGUCUUGCGGCUGGCACCAAAAGGGGGGUGGAGAGAGGGAGGUUAGUCUAGCCGCACGCAUAUGUACAUACAAACCCAAGAAGAAUAAACCUCUCAUCAUACGAAGAUAAUCUUAAGCUUAGCAGUGACAAUAAGGGGGGGAUUGCAAGUUAUCUCUCUACUACAAAUAUCCAUAGUUAGUAG